AUGGCCGACGCGGCGUCGUCCCAAGCUCCCUCUGGGGCAGCUGCCGCCGCCGCCGCCGCUUCGGCUCCAGAGACAAAUAACAAAUUCCAGGCGGCCAUCUCGGCAUGGAGGAAUAUCGAUAUGACCACUAUGAUUUCCACCCUCGACAACACGGCUUCCGAAAUAGUGGCAUACCAACGAGAUUCCACAGUGCAGAGGAAGGACCUGGCGCAGAAGACAAAAGACUUUAGAAAGCUCGAUGAUGCCACCAAGCUAGUUGAGGUGAAGGGUCUCCUGAAGGCAUACCAGACCUUCAUCGAUCUCCUGACGAACCACUCCAAAUCGAUCAACUCGGCCUUCCUCCAGGCAUACACAUCCCUCUCCGAGGCGCCAGACCCAUAUCCCCUGCUCGAGGCGGCUGUCGACUCUAUGCUGGUGGCCGAGGACACCCUGCCCAAGGUCACCGAAGAGAACCAGCGGCUGCAGAGCUCAGUGGCCGGGCUUACGUCGCAGCUGGAGGAGACGGAGUCAAGGCUGCAGACCGAGAGGGAGGCCCGGAAGCAGCUCGAAGAGAACCUCGAGGGCAAGGUCAAGGAGGUCGAGUCGUCUUGGAUUGCGGUGUUGGAUGAGAAGAAGGACAACUGGGCCUCCAAGGAGAAGGCGCUGGAGGACAAGGUCGAGAACCAGGAGCGCCUCCUGAACGAGAUCAAGGCCAGCUACGAGGUCAACCAGCGGCUGGGCAGGUCAGAGGACCCAGAAGGCGAGCCUAGAGGUCACGUCACAAGCGCCGAGCUGGACAUGGUCAACUCGGACCUGGAAAGAACGAGCGUGAGGCUGGCCGAGGUGGAGGCGCGGAACGAGCAGCUUCGGCUCGAGCUCGCGCAGGCCAAAUCCCAGGCCUCAAGCCAGCAGACCACAUCACUGGAAGACGACCCUGGAUACAUGCGCAUGCGGUCGGAGAAUUCUUCCAUGAUCCGGAAACUGGACGCCUCGAGGGUCGAGAAGGAGAACCUGAAACGAGAACUGGACACGAGACUGCGCGGCCUGGAAAGGGAGGUGGCGCUGCUCAAGGACGAGCGGGACGCGGUCAAGGCAAAGGUGCAGAGGUGGAGCGACUACGAGGAUAUCAAGUCGGAACUGGAGGUGCUGAAGAGCAUCGAGUUCUCCACAGGCGAUGACGACGAGGCCAAGGACCUGGUGGACGAGGCGAACGGCAACGGCGCCAAGGGCAAGGGCGACACGCUGGAGCAGCUCUUGCUGUCGCGGAACAAGAAGCUGAACGAGGAGCUGACGAUCCUGCGGGUGUCGCACCAGGACCUGCAGGGCAGGCUGUCGGACCUGCAGGAGGAGCUCUCAGGCACGAACAUGGAGCUCGAGAAGUCACAGAACCUGAACGAGAAGCUGGAGAACGACCUGUCCAGCCUGCAGUCACAGGCAAGCGCCUUUCUUCCCUCGUCAGGGGCGUCGGUCGCAGGCACGUAUGUGAGCCGCUACGCGCCGUCUGUGGCAGGGGGACGGCGGGGCGGAGGUCGCACAUCACCCACGUCGUCCAUUAUCAGUGGCUUCCACCCAAGAGACGCGAUGAGCAGCGAGCCGAUGGGCGGUGUUGGUGGCGGGUCAGGAGGGAUCCUGCCGAUGAUCACAGCGCAGCGAGACCGCUUCAAGAAGCGCAACGCACAGCUGGAACAGGAGCUGUCGGGCACGCACCGGACCGUAUCCCAGCUGCGGCAGGAGAUCGCCGCCCUGCAGAAGGAUAACCUUAACCUGUACGAGAAGACGCGCUAUGUCUCGACGUACAACCGCAGCAGCCACAACACGGCCGGUGCGGUGACGUCUUCGUCGUCCUCGUACGCGGACAACCCAAAUCCGUCGACGGUGGCCAUUGGUGGCGGUGGCGCCAUUGGAGAGGUGGGAGGAGGAGGCAUGGACCGGUACCGCUCAGCAUACGAGUCCAACAUCAGCCCGUUUGCGGCGUUCCGAGGCAGAGAGUCUGCGCGGGCAUACAAGCGCAUGAGCUUCCCGGAGCGCGUGGUCUACACCAUCACACGGACGGUGCUGGCAACCCGGACAAGCAGGAACCUGUUCGCCGCGUACUGCGUCGCACUGCACCUGCUGGUGUUCUUUUCGCUCUACUAUAUGGGCAGUUCUGAUGCGGACCAGCAUGCCACCAACUUUGGCCAGUCUGCUGCAGCAGCAGCGGCGGCGGCGGCGGCGGCUGGGGGGGCUGGGGCGGCUGAGGGAGCAUUUGAUGAUACGUGA